UGCUCAGGGAGUGGAAAUCUUAUGGUCACUCUGACAGCGAGUUGUGAGAGGUUGCGUUAUUUUGGUAAGUGUUCCUGCCUCGUGUCCACUUCCUUUUCCUUUGGCUCUCUGUACGAAUUGCCUCCACUAACGAACUGACCCACUGGAUUCUGUGAGAAGGCAGUCAGGUCUGUGAAGAUGGUGCGCGGUCCCAAGAAGCACAUGAAGCGUCUGUCGGCGCCCAAGACAUGGAUGCUGGACAAGUUGGGAGGCGUGUUCACUACCCGCCCAUCGUCCGGCCCCCACAAGCUCCGAGAGUCCAUGCCCAUUUCUCUCUUCCUCCGGAAUCGACUCCGUUAUGCACUCACCAGCAAGGAGGUGAUGACCAUUAUGAAGCAACGUCUCAUCAAGAUCGACGGCAAGGUCCGCACUGACCACAAGUUCCCCGCCGGCUUCAUGGACGUCAUCCAGAUUGACAAGACCGGCGAGAACUUCCGCCUCAUCUACGACGUGAAGGGACGCUUCACCAUCCACCGGAUCACCGACCAAGAAGCCAAGUAUAAGCUCUGUCGCGUGAAGGCCGUCAAGACCGGACCCAAAAACGUGCCCUACCUGUACACCAGUGAUGGUCGCACCAUCCGAUACCCCGAUCCCAUCCACCGGAUCACCGACCAAGAAGCCAAGUAUAAGCUCUGUCGCGUGAAGGCCGUCAAGACCGGACCCAAGAACGUGCCCUACUUGUACACCAGUGAUGGUCGCACCAUCCGAUACCCCGAUCCCGUGGUCAAGGUCAACGACAGCAUCCGCGUCGACAUCAACACCAACAAGAUCAUGGACUUCAUCAAGUUCGAGGCCGGCAAUCUGUGCAUGGUCACCGGUGGUCGCAACACAGGACGAGUGGGUACCAUCAUGCACCGAGAGCGACAUCCCGGAUCCUUCGACAUUGUCCACGUCAAGGAUGCCAAUGGUCACACCUUCGCCACCCGAUUGGGCUACAUCUUCGUGAUCGGCAAGGGAUCCAAGCCGUACAUCUCGCUGCCAAAGGGCGGCGGAGUCAAGUUGACCAUCGCCGAGGAGCGAGACAAGCGCAUCCUGCAGAAGAGCUAAGCCCAGUCGACGCUUUGAACAAAACAUCAAUGGCGACUCGAGUGCAGGGUUUUGGUUGCUGAUACUACUAUGCUACUGUUGUCGUGUCCCGAAGGCUGUCAAUAAAUGAAACGCUUGGGGGGCCUGCAGAA